CAACAUUCACAGACACAACGUUGACAAGGAACCUCUCUCAAGGACGAUGUUUCUAAGCGGCCUUCUCCUAGCCCUGUCUGCCCGCGUCUCCCCCUGUGCCGUCACUGUUCCCGAGGGUGGGGCGGACAAGCUGGUGGUAGGGGCAUUCAACAUCCAGGUGUUUGGCUUGACCAAGGCUGGGAACACGGUGGUGAUGAACAACAUAAAAAAGAUCAUGCUGGCCUAUGACGUCAUCCUGAUACAGGAGGUACGUGACAAAAGCGGUAAAAGCAUGCAGAAACUGCUCACCCUUCUCAACAGCAACUCGGAUGUGAAAUUCGCCUACAGUGCCAGUGCCAGACUUGGGAGAACGUCGUCGAAAGAACAAUACGUGUAUUACUACAAAACGGACAAGGUAAAGCUCAUCCGCACCGCACUGUACAACGACACUUCCGAUCUGUUUGAAAGAGAACCUUACAGUGUCCUCAUAGAGGUGGCGAGAACAACUGGGGGACCUCUGCGGAUGGCUCUGACCGGGGUGCACAUCAAGCCCUCAGACGCUGUGGGGGAGCUGGACGCCAUGACGGCAGUGUACACCGACGCCAAAGCUUUCUUCAAUACUGAGAACGUCGUCAUCAUGGGCGACAUGAACGCCGACUGCAGCUACGUGACGGCGACGGAGAGGAAGAAGUUGCGGCUGUUCACAGAUACAGAAACGUUCUGGUCCCUCAUCAAAGACAGCGAGGACACCACGACGGCCGCCAGCAGCUGCACCUACGACAGAAUCAUAGUUGCCGGAGCUGAGUUAAAGAGCCACGUGGUUGCCUUUGACACCGAGCACUUCGGAACUGAGUUCGGUCUCACCCCCAAGGAGGUGAAAUCAGUGAGCGACCACUACCCUGUCUGGGUGACGUUGAGCAUCGCCGUCAGCAACUAAUCCGACGCAGUUCUGUGCAAGUCUUAGCAAUGAGUCGCUUCUUGUGUUAAG